AAUUUUCUUAAGUGAGAUCAACAAGUUGGUAUCAGAGCCUCUUCUUUUAUAAAAACGGGGUUUCAAAUAUUUUUGAGAUUUUCUAAAAAGAGAUAUCAACAAGUUGGUAUCAAAGCCUUUGAUUUUUAAAUUGGGAAUUUUCAAAUAAAACUUUCCUUAUGUGACUACGAUCUUCAAAAAGACUUUCUUUUAAAAUCGAUUGAAAUUUUUCAAAAAGUUUCCAGAAACGUUUUUUUUUCUUCUUUGAAAAAAAAUUUAUAUCGAUCUUUUAAUGCUCUUAUACAAAAAGAAAAAGAAAUUUAGGAAUAAUAAGUCUUAUUAAAAAAAAAAAAAAAGAACAAGUCAAGGAAAAAAAAACCUAGGAUACGGGUGAGAUGUGAGAUUUUGAAAUCUAUUUUGAUGGAGUUUGUGAUUCUUUGAAUUGUUUGAGUUAUACUUAUAUGAGAUAUAUCACUAUUGACUCAGUUGAGAAUGAGUUUGGACUUUUAGAGGAACUUACCAAAUUAUGUGAGUAAUGAAUUAAUAGUGAAGGUAGUAUAAUUGUGAAUGUCAUUGAUAUACUUCGUGUCCUAAACAUUAUUCUUUCAAGUAGACAAUGAAGUCAACGAGAACCAAAAUAGAAGACAAUAUCGCCGCACCGACGAAUGCGGAGUUGGCUCAAAAUGUGGUUCAACUCAUCCAGACUAUCGGGAGUGUGUUAAUUCAGAACCAACACCAACAACGUCUCAAAAACCGCAAUGAUGUAGCGAAACUUGUAGCGAAGCGCAAUCCACCGUGUUAUUUAGGCCAAGAAGAUCCUCUCAUCCUUGAGGAUUGGAUUCGCACUUUCGACAAACUCUUCGAUGCUAUAAACUGCCCUACAGAUCAACGAAUUAAUACGGCUGCGUACUAUCUACGUCAAGAAGCAGACAAUUGGUGGGCCACGACUGCCCUAACGUUGCGUCAACAACCCGACUUUUCUUGGGAGACGUUCAAGGAGGAAAUGCGAAAGAGAUUCUACCCAGAGCACGUGAGAGCUGAGAAGUAUGAAGAAUUCUUACACCUGAAGCAAGUAGGCAUGACUGUCCAAGAGUAUCACGCUAAAUUCUUGAAUCUCGCACGAUUUGCUCCCACGCUAGUUCCUGAUGAAAUCGAGAAAACAAAUAAGUUUAUACGCGGCCUGAACUUCGAGACACAAAAAGCUCUUUGCGUUUCAGAAUGCCAAACGUUGAACGAUGCCUACAACAAAGCUGGCAAGCACUAUCGAGUGCAACAACUCCAGAAGAAAACACUCAAGAGAGCGAGGAAAGUGACUGAAGGAGAAAGCAAAACAGGAGGCAAACAAUGCAAGCUAAAUCAGCUAGGGCACACUCGGAACGGGAAGAAGAUCAACAACCAAGGCCAAGACCAGAAGCGUAAGAAGAAGAACUCAACUGAAGAGAUGCACUUCUACUGCUCGAAGUGUAGAAAGGAUCACCCCGGGAAAUACUGUGAUGGAACGCUUGUACGAUGUUUUCAUUGUGACAAGCUAGGGCAUAGGGUGUUUGAGUGUCAUUCAAGGAAGAAGGGAAUCCCUCCGACUCGUGGAAUCAAUCGUCAUGAAAAUAAUGCAAAACGCAACAGAAGAAUAUGAAAAUAG